CCCAGAGUCUCCCUUUCAACCCCCCCUCUCUUCACGUCUCACGUCCUUCGACCCGUUCUCCUCUCCCUUUCUCCCUUCUCUCCUUCCCUUGCCGGCGAUCCCUCGGAGAACACCCAGCCAAAACCCUAACGCCAGAGAUCUCGUGCCAUCGGAGGAUCUCCAUCGGAUCUUUUAGAUUUUUGGCUUUAAGAUGCUAUGCGCUCGGAGUCUUCAACAAAAUCUCGGAGUUGUUCUUCUAACGACGAGUUGGUGUCUACUGGUGUUCAGACAGAAGAGGCAUCAGAAACUGAGCCAAUUCUGUCUCAGCUAACCAAUGCUGGCAGUUCCAAGGAGUCCCCAUCUUCAUGUGAAAUCAGUCCUGUGGGUGCUGAUGACGACAGUCAAAGCAUCGAUGAUGAUGAACAUUGCAAUCUUGUGAAUCAAGACCUACAUCAAUGCCGAAUUUGCCUUGAUACUGGAGGUGAUGAUUUAAUUGCACCCUGCCAUUGUAAGGGUACACAGAAGUAUGUGCAUCGAUCUUGUCUUGAUAACUGGAGAUCAACCAAGGAAGGCUUUGCAUUUGCACACUGUACAGAGUGCCGGGCUGUUUUCAUACUGCGUGCAAAUGUGCCACCAGAUCGGUGGUGGUUGAGACUGAAGUUUCAGCUCCUUGUUGUUAGGGAUCAUGCACUUAUAUUUGUUAUCGUGCAGCUGGUUGUCGCUUUCUUGGGUAUGCUGGUAUACAGAGUUUAUGGCGAGGAACUGCGAGAAAUGUUUGGUUAUGAGGAACACCCUUAUGGAUUUUAUACAAUGGCCGUAUUAGCUAUUAUUCUGGUGGGCUUGCUGUAUGGAUUCUUCAUUGCCAUAAUAUGUGGACAAAGGAUCAAUGAACGCCACUACCAUGUUCUUGCAAAACAAGAACUGACAAAGGAAUAUGUGGUGGAAAGUAGAGAUGAAAAUAAGAAUUUGCCGGAACUUGACCCCACUCAUGUUACAGAGUUGAGAAUGCUGGGACUUUACUGAGCUGGAAGAUGAGCACUAUAUAUGAGGAUCUCCGAAUGAAUGAAAGUGGGAAUUCUGGCUUGGCGUAAGGAAAGCAAGGGCAAAGAGAGCGGGAAAGGGGCUAGGAUAGGAAGAUGGUGUUGAAUCUGCGGUGAGGUCAAAGUCCCUUUUUUUUUUACAUUAAUUGUAAGGAGUGAAUCAAGAGCCAUGUCGAAGAGGAAAAGCGAGCUUAUUUAGUUUGGGUUCCAUUCAUUUUUCCAACUCGGGAAUUCGCUAGGUUGAGUAGUCCUUGCCUGUCAGGCUCAACAAAUAGCAUAACCUGCAUCCUAGGCCAAGGCUGGCUGUGUGGGCACCUGUGAGGCAGUCAGCCUGUAUAUAGGGGAUCACUUAGGCCAUUGGGCCCUAAGCAGGGAAGCCAAGAAGAUCUCUAAACCUUGGCGGGCACAUGGGCAAUCCAACUGGCUGCUUCUGAAUCAAUGAAUCUGGAGCACAAUCCAUUCAGAAUGGUAAUGGAGAAACAAUUGUCUGUCUGUAUAUUGAGUUUCUCUUGAAAUUGAAGAACUUUAUCAAUGGCUUGCUGGUUGCUAGAAUUAUCUCAUCUGUUUGAAAGAGGAUUUUGUGAACUUCCAUUAUUUAUUUGUUAUACUGAGAAAGAAUCUCAACUAUUUUUUUCUUCUUUCAUUAAAAAAAGAAGAAGAAGAAAUUUUGCAAGUACUGGAGCUUGAGGCUGCAUUCCAUUGCUGUGUUAAGCUUGAUUUUAA